AUGUCGAAUGAACAGCAAAAUAAUAUGGGUCCUGUUAUGGAUGUAACACCUGAAAUUCAACAAAUUAGUGAACAUCCGGAAAUAAAAUAUGCAGCUAUUGAUGCUUUAUAUAGAAAACAUCAUGAACAUAAGAUUCAUUCAUUUACAGAAGAACAUCGAGAAAAACAUAUAGCUAAUUGGAAAGUUACACAAUAUGCUGAAGAACAAGUUGCUUAUGGAACAAAUUAUUUUUUAAAAGUAUCUAUUGAUGAUGGUUUAUUUAUUCAUAUGCGAAUUCAUCGACAUAAAAAUCAUAAUAAAUAUGAUUUUUAUUCAUUGCAUGAAAUUAUCAGACAUAAUAAUGCAACUUGUGUUUUUACAGAAGGUGAACCAUUGACUUACUUCAAUUAUUAG